AUGGAUUGUGUUAGUUUGAUUUCCAGUAAUGUCGAUUACUCAGUGGAUCCAUGUGACAACUUCUUUGCCCAUGUCUGUCCUGUCACCUCGGAGAAUCACUUCAUGAGGAGUUUAGUGGAAAUAAAAAAUAAAAUAGUGGAUGAUUACAAGGCAAUGAAUCCAAUGUUUGAUGAUUUCAGUUAUGACAAAACUUCACAAACUGCUGACACAAUCCGUCAACUCCUACAGUCUGGAGAAUUAAGAAAAUUAUGUGUCAAAAAGGAGAAACUCGUGACUCUUUUCACUCGUCAUCUUCUCAAAUUUGAAGUCAGCGACACGGAACGAAUGGAACGUUGGAAAGCUUUGUCCUGUGAGGGAAAGUUGGAAAUGAUAAAACAAUUGCCAGAUCCAGCGAGGAAAUAUAAAUUCUCUCGAUAUAUUCUGAAAGAAGCAAUAGACGCAUCGAUUGCAAAUUCUCAAAUGAAGAAAUUAGAUGGAAAAGUUCGAAAACUUUUCAAAAAAUUGAAACUGGCAGUUUUGAAACAAUUGAGAAAAACGCCCUGGGCGAUCAGAAAUGGAGCAGUUGAGAUGUAUGAAAGCGCACUCCAAAAUAUCAACUUCACAACAUUUUCCAAUCUUCAACCUUCUGUUCAAAAUCUUACAAGCGGGUUUGUCAAAGCACGACGAGAAUGUGUCGAAUCAUUAAAUGGAGAAUUUUCGGAAGAAAUCGAAUAUGGAAUUUGUGAAGUGAUAGCUGUUGGAGAGGGUCUUCGAGCACUGAGUAAACCUAUUGAGUCUGUAUAUUCUUCUGAUAUGAAAGAUAUUUUGAAAGAUUCAUUGGAAAUGUGGAAUUCACAAGAUAAUCACGUCUACGUUGGAAAUGACUUCUUGUUGAUGGCAAACACUGAUUAUUUAUCAGAUUUGUACGGUGGCAUCGGCUUCUCAUUGACUCAUGAAAUACUGCACACGCUGGUUUUCGAUUACAGAGAUGUUCUACUUAACAAGACAUUGGCUCCAUUUUGGACAAAAGAUUCAAAAUGUGUCGAAGAACAAACGAUGAAAACGUGUGAGACAUUCCCGACAGUUACUUGUAAUAGUACCAUAACUUUCGAAGAAGAUGCGGCCGAUCUCGCUGCGUAUCGAAUCGUUUGGAAUGUUUAUCAGAAGGAAUACGGCAGAAAGACAGUUGUACCAAACUAUGAAUCUCUCGACAAGAAACAAUUAUUUUUCUAUGGAGCAGCAGUUGUAUUCUGUUAUCCAAAUGCAAUGAACCCAACUUCGGUCCCUGAUUUUGAUCAUUCGAGCAGCUAUCAAAGAAUAAAUUCCUUGAUGUCUCAAAUGGAACAAUUUUCGGAUGCAUUCAAAUGCAAACCAACGGAUAAAAUGGUCAUGAACAGAGCAAAACACUGUGAAUUGUAUGGUAGCAAGGCACAGAGAAAGCACAGCUUCGGACAAUAA